GGUUCAGGGGAGCACUCAGAGAGGGAAGACCUAAAUGUAGUGUCAAAUCUCGUUCCACACGUUUCCACAUCUUUACUCACAGAGCAUCCAGGACUGUUAGCAGAUCCUCUGAGAACCCAACUCUAUGGAUGCCAUCAUUUUCUUUACAACACCCAUGGCUGUCCCUAUGACUAGUGUUUCUGGAAGGCCUCUCCUCCAAGGAAAAGGAGAAGAAGUACAUGCUUCCCCUGGACAACUUAAGGCUCAGAGAUGUGGAAAAGGGCUUCAUGUCCAGCAAGUUUGUUUUUGCUAUCUUCAACACGGAGUUAAGAAACGUGUACAAGGACUACAAAUGCUUGGAGCUGGCGUGUAACUCCCAGGAGGAGCUGGACAGCUGGAAGGCAUCUCUGCUGCGGGCCGGAGUCUACCCCGACAAAAUCGCCGUAGAUGGGCAGCAAAGUUCAGACCCUCAGCUGGAGCGGCAGGUGGAGACUAUCCGUAACCUGGUGGACUCCUACAUGAGCAUCAUCUAUAAGACCAUGAGGGAUUUGAUGCCAAAGACCAUCAUGCACCUCAUGAUCAAUAGUGUGAAGGAGUUCAUUAGCUCGGAGCUGCUGGCGCAGCUCUACGCUCUGGGGGAAUGCUCAACUCUGAUGGAUGAGUCACCGCAGCAGAAGCAGCACCGCGAGGAAGUGCUCCGCAAACACUCUGCCCUGAAGGAGGCGCUCACCGUCAUCGGGGAGAUCUCCACCUCCACCUUCACCACCCCGCUGCCUCCCCCCGUCGACUCUUCCUGGAUACAUCACCUGAGCUCAAGGCAUCGUAAAGACUCAGCAGCGACCGCCGGCAGGCCAGCGAUUCGAGCCCAUGCUCCGCCGGCUCCUCGCCUAGCUCCCGCCGGACCCAACUCUUCCUCCGAUGGUCUUCAGCAGCUCACCGGACAACAUAACCGCGUCGCAGCCAGCGUGCCAAGGAGGCAACCCCCAGCGAUCCCAGGUGUGAAAUAGGUCUGCCCCACAGAGCUCUCCUCUGUCCCUCGGCUCCUGUGACCACUGCCGAGAAGCGCCGGUGUCCUGCGUGAUGUAGAAUCCAGCUGAAGCCCUUUCCUGGGCUUCUCCACUUCUCCGCUGGGAACUGAUGUCUGCAAAAUUCACUCCGGCCUGAGCCUGUUUUGUAUAUAAUAUGUCUGGCUGUUAAAAGCUGGAAUGUGCGUGGCUGUCUGCUGAUAUUUCUCAAGUGCCUGAACUAUGUAUUAUAUUAAAAAAUAUGCCUGAAAGUAUUCAACUACAGAAAAAUGCAAAUGUAUUUUCGGCUCUAUCGUUUGUGAAUA